AUGAAGUAUAAGUCCAGUGUGUCCUCGGUGUCCUGUGGUCUGCAAUAUCACCAUUCUUUGAUAAAUUGGAGUCCAAAAAUGAAUUUACACGUAGUGCGGACUUACUGCUCAUCAGCACCUAAAAGGCCUGAAGCCAAGUCUGCAGUAGAGAUGGCCGUGGGUCUUCUUAAUCGGCUGACAGAAGCUGGGACCGUUCUGGGUAGAAACUCCCUUCAAAAAAUGUCUGCAACGUGCAAGAGUUGGUGGGACAGAUAUGAAGAGUUUGUUGGAAUCAAUGAAGUUCGAGAGGCUCAGGGAAAAGUGACGGAGGCUGAAAAUGUCUUUAUGAUAGCUCGAGGGAUAGUACGAGAGGCUCGUGAAAAUGUAGAAGCCCAACAAAUUAAACUGAAGGAAAUUCGAGACCGCUUAGACAGGGUCUCUCGGGAUGACACCCAGUAUUUAGAACUGGCUACUCUGGAACACAGGUUGCUGCAGGAAGAGAAGAGGUACCGAGCUGCGUAUUUAAAUGCAGAAGAAUCUGAGAGAGAAAAAUUCUCUCUCUUCUCUGCAGCUGUCAGGGAAAGCCAUGAGAAAGAGCGAACAAGAGCUGAAAAAACGAAGAACUGGUCUAUUAUCGGUUCUGUACUGGGAGCCGUUAUAGGUGUUCUUGGUUCCACCUACGUUAAUCGAGUGAGGCUGCAAGAAUUGAAAGUCUUGGUGCUUGAAGCACAGAAGGGCCCAAUAAAUUUGCAAGAAGCCAUCAAAGAGCAGGCGUCCAGCUAUUACCUACAGCAGAAGGAUCUCAGUGACGUCAUAGCAGACCUGAAAAAUGUGCUGCAAACAAGGACAUCACAGGAAAUAAAAGAGGGCGCCAUGUUCCCUAGAGAAGGCAGGAGUGACUCCAUAAAAAUAGAUUCUCUUUUGAUUCCUUUAAACGAACAGCUAAACUACAUCAAACAAGUCAGUUCAUGUCUAGGGAGUUUACAACAGCAGUUCACCAGUGUCCAGGAAAGUAUAGCACAAAUGAUUUCUGAGGUGCAGAGUGUUAAAGUUGCAGUUCAUUCCAGACCUGCAGAAAGAGCCAUGCCAAGGUCUUCAGUGGAGGGUAAGGGCCAGGCUUCUGCUGUGAGAGAUGUGAUUUUAGAGUUGUGUGAUACCGAGCGGAGACUGGAAACACAAAUCAAGAGAAAUUCUAUUUACAGCACUGCGGUGACAUGUGCUAUGUUUGCUAUUACUCUGCCAGUACUCUAUAUUAUACUUAAAGGGACCUGAUCUCUAAUUAAUUGCCACAAUUUACUAGGUUAAUAAAAGUAAACUUGCACUCUAAGCACUUAGGGUACAAGUCCAAAUUAAGUUGCAUUAG